GUUCGGAUGUUGUGACGGGUGGAAGUGUGAAUUCGUAGUGCUCUUUUACGUUCGGUUAACCGUUUCGGCUCUAGACACAUUCCAUACUCCAAAAACGAGCGUGUGUAUGAGUAGGCGACUGUGAAUCUGUGAAUCGUACAGCCGUGGUGUACGUGUGGCCCGUUCAGUUGUGUUCCGAUCAGCGCCCCAAGUGCUUGUGCAGUGCUUUUAUUUUUACGUCCAAAAAUUGAAUCCAGUUCGAAAUCGGCCAAUACUUUACGACCUCAAUGUGUGCCAUCUAGACGACUGAGUGAUCCAGAAUGCACUUAGCGAUAGGAUUUGUGUUACUACUUUGCCUCGGCAGCGGGACGCGACCAGUGAAAGCAGAAUACUACCAAAAGGACUCGUACUCCGAGUACAACUGCAACGAGCCACUGUUGGAGCAUGCCAAGCUGACUGCCACCUCGCAGCUUCGGGAACGUGGGCCGGAAAAUGCCCGCCUCAACGCGGGCAGCGCCUGGACCGCACAGCAGUCUGACUUCGAGCAGCAGCUCAUUAUCGAUCUGGGCAUAGUACGAAACGUGACUCGAAUCGCAAUCCAGGGACGUCCUCACAGUAACGAGUACGUCACCGAGUUCAGUAUCAGCUACGGCUUCAACGGGUUGGACUAUAUCGACUACAAAGAGCCCGGGGGCAACACUAAGCUUUUCAAGGGCAACAAAGACGGCGACUCGGUGCGCCACAACUCGUUCGAAGUGCCAAUCAUUGCGCAGUGGAUUCGGAUAAAUCCAACCCGCUGGCAGAACCGCAUCUCACUGCGUGUCGAACUGUACGGAUGUCACUAUGAAUCUGAAAAUGUUUACCUCAACGGGACGAGCCUCCUGCGGUUCGACCUGCUGCGGGAACCGAUAGCGGCGACGCGAGAAACCAUCCGAUUCCGUUUCAAGACAGCCCUGCCGAACGGGGUGCUGCUGUACUCGAGGGGAACACAGGGCGACUAUUUCGCACUGCAGAUCAAGAGCAACCGGAUGGUGCUCAAUUUGGAUCUGGGAUCGCGCAUUAUGACUUCCCUCUCGGUGGGAAGCUUGCUGGACGACAACGUUUGGCAUGAUGUGGUCAUUUCGAGAAAUCGGCGAGAUAUUAUGUUCAGUGUGGAUCGGGUGAUUGUCGAGAAAAAGAUCAAGGGAGAGUUCGAUAAGCUGAAUCUCAACCGGGCGUUCUACAUCGGUGGCGUUCCCAAUAUGCAGGAUGGUUUGAUUGUGCAGCAAAAUUUCACCGGCUGCAUCGAAAACCUUUACUUCAACGCUUCGAAUUUCAUCCGGAAUAUGAAGGAGGCGUUCUACGAGGGAGAACACAUGCGCUACAGCAAAGUGAACAUCAACUACAACUGCCCCGAGCCUCCGAUUAGCCCGGUAACGUUUCUGACCCGUGGCUCCCAUGCCAAACUGAAGGGCUACUACAGUGUGAAACAGAUGAACGUGAGUUUCGCGUUCCGAACGUACGAGGAGAAAGGUCUGAUGUUGCAUCACGAUUUUCUGCAAGGAUCCGUCAAGGUGUAUCUGGAGGACGGUAAGGUGAAGGUGGAGCUGAAGACCGAUAACCUGCCGAAGCCGGGAACGAUUUUGGAUAAUUACGAUCAACAAUUCAACGAUGGCAACUGGCAUACGCUGUCGCUGGCGGUCAGGAAAAAUAGUUUGGUGCUCAGUAUUGACGAACGACCUAUGGAGACAGUGAAGAACAAUUCUAAUGGGAAACUCGUUAUCAACAGCAGGCAGCUGGAUAUCCGAACCGGUGAACUGUACUACAUCGGCGGGGGCAAAACGAAGGAUGGAUUCGUUGGUUGCAUGCGAACGAUUAUCAUCGACGGAAAUAUCCGUCCGCCAGCCGAUUGGAAGGAGGAGGAAUACUGUUGCAAGGGCGAGAUGCUGUUCGACGCGUGCCACAUGAUCGACCGGUGCAAUCCGAAUCCGUGUAAGCAUAAUGGAAACUGCAAGCAAAAUUCGAUGGAGUUUAGUUGCGAUUGCACUGGGACGGGUUACGCGGGAGCCGUUUGUCACACCUCGCUAAAUCCACUGUCGUGCCAGGCGUACAAGAAUGUUAAUACAGUGCAGUCGAGGACCACGAUCAAUAUCGACGUGGAUGGGAGCGGUCCACUGGCACCGUUUCCGGUGACGUGUGAAUUUUAUACCGACGGUCGGGUGAUCACAGUGCUGAGCCACAGUUCGGAGCAUACGACCCGGGUGGAUGGGUUCUCGGAGCCGGGAUCGUUCGAGCAGAAUAUUAUCUACGAAGCGGAGUUGCCACAGAUUGAAGCGCUGUUGAAUCGAUCACAGGCUUGCUGGCAGCGGCUCAAUUAUGCUUGUCGAUCAUCAAGAUUGUUCAAUUCACCUUCGGAAGCGGAAAAUUUCCGACCCUAUUCGUGGUGGGUUUCGCGCCAUAACCAGCCCAUGGAUUAUUGGGCGGGAGCUUUGCCUGGUUCCAGAAAGUGCGAGUGCGGGAUUCUGGGCAAUUGCGUUGAUCCAACGAAGUGGUGUAAUUGUGACGCUAAUAAUGUGGAAUGGCAGGAGGAUGGAGGUGAGAUCCGAGAGAAGGAAUAUCUUCCGGUGAAGGCCUUGAGGUUUGGUGACACGGGUACUCCACUGGAUGAGAAAUUGGGACGAUACACGCUGGGUCCGUUGAAGUGCGAAGGCGAUCAUCUGUUCAAUAAUGUGGUUACGUUCCGCAUCAAGGAUGCUACCAUUAAUUUGCCCCCCUUUGAUAUGGGCCACUCGGGUGAUAUCUAUUUCGAAUUUAGAACUACCAUUGAGGAUGCCGUGAUUCUGCACGCUAGAGGACCAACUGAUUUCAUUCGGUUGAAUAUCGUUGGAGGAACGAAACUACUUUUCGAGUACCAGGCCGGUACGGGAACACAGAAAGUGUAUGUGGAGACAAGCUAUCGAUUGAGUGACAACCGUUGGCAUUCGGUUAGUGUGGAGCGUAAUCGUAAAGAGGCCCGUCUGGUGGUUGAUGGGUCGAUCCGGGCGGAGGUUAGAGAACCCCCGGGUCCAGUCCGCGCGUUGUACCUCACCUCGGAGCUUGUGGUGGGAGCUACUCUCGAUUAUCGCGAUGGAUUCGUAGGAUGCAUCCGGGCUUUCCUGUUGAAUGGGAACCAUGUUGAUCUGAGAUCUUAUGCGGAUCGUAAGAUGUAUGGAAUUUCACCAGGUUGUGUUGGCCGUUGCGAGUCCAGUCCUUGUCUGAAUAAUGGAACGUGUACAGAGAGGUAUGACAACUUCGUUUGUGAUUGUCGUUGGAGUGCGUUUAAGGGUCCUAUAUGUGCUGAUGAAAUCGGCGUCACGAUGAAGGCCGGCUCGAUGAUCAAGUACGACUUCCAGGGAGCGUUCCGUUCAACGUUGCACGAGCGUAUCCGGGUCGGAUUCACAACUACCAACCCGAAGGGUUUCUUGCUGGGUUUCUAUUCGAGUCAAUCAAAGGAAUAUCUGACGAUUAUGGUUUCGAAUUCGGGUCACUUGCGAGUGGUGUUUGAUUUUGGUUUCGAACGACAGGAGCUGAUCUAUCCAACGAAACAUUUCGGCCUUGGUCAGUACCACGAUGUAAGAUUCUCGAGAAAGAACGGCGGAAGUACUGCCGUGCUGCAUAUCGACAAUUACGAACCGAAAGAGUAUCACUUUGACAUAAAGGAUUCCGCUGAUGCACAGUUUAACAAUAUCGAGUAUAUGUAUAUCGGAAGGAAUGAAUCGAUGAAGGAUGGCUUCAUUGGGUGUAUAUCGAGGGUAGAGUUCGAUGACAUCUACCCGCUGAAAUUCAUGUUCCAAGAGAACCCUCCACCAAAUGUGAAAUCACUUGGAACCCCGCUGACAGAAGAUUUUUGUGGUGUUGAACCAGUGACGCAUCCACCCGUUGAAAUCGAAACUCGUCCUCCUCCGCUCGUGGAUGAAGACAAGCUGCGAGAUGCCUACGGACCGGACACCGCCAUUCUUGCAAGUGUCCUUGCGGUACUCCUCGUUCUGCUGAUCAUUAUGGCCAUCCUGAUUGGUCGCUACAUGAACCGCCACAAGGGCGAGUAUCUGACCCAGGAAGAUAAGGGUGCAGAUGCGGCCCUCGAUCCGGAUGAUGCCGUGAUGCAAUCGACAACCGGUCAUCAAGUGACAAAACGGAAAGAGUGGUUUAUUUAAUAGAAGCCAAUGCCGCGCUUUUCGCACAGGAAUUAAUUCAAUUCCGGUCGGUGAGAAAAAAGAGGAAAGGUUUAACUACGGAAGCUAGAGGGCGAAUUUUGCAGGAGCAGCUGUAAAUAAAGUGUUCAACACGCGUAUAGAUUUUGUUGUUGUUUUGUUUCCAGCUCAUCGAUUUCUCGUUUCUUAGUUUUGUGCGUGCGAUCCUUGUACAGUGAUCUUACCGACGUAAACCUUUUACAUCGAUUGUAUGCUCUUUUCCGUUUCGGCCAAUGUAUCGUACAAAUCGUUUACAUCGUUUAGUGGAAUUCGAAACAAAACUUAACUUAGACCAUCUACAAUAUGGGCUAAAAACGCGCGAAAAAAAGCAGCUAAUCUGACAAACUUUAGUUUUAUUGUUUUUUUUCUUCUAGAAGAUAAAUGUUUUUUUAUAUAUUAAUUUUACCCGUCCAUCGUACUUUUAGUUACUUUUAUCAUAAAUACGAUUAUCUGAGUUAGCUCGUAAGGUUCACAUUAGUUCAAAAUAACAGUUUUUGCAGCGAAGGAUGUAGUAGAUCUUGGGCCUGACGCAACGCAGGAAGAAUGCAGUAGUAGCUUUAGUGCUCGGUUAGGUGUUCAGACUCUUUUUCCAUUUAUUUAUUUAGUGAACGUUGAGUUCACUCGUUUUAAAAUCAACGUACGUCAGGUACAUUAUGUCCCCCAAUACAGACCAUAGGAAGAUGUGAAUGCAUAACAAUUAAGUUUACAUUUGGAGAUGAGGCAGAAAUGUAAAUAUUUUUUGAAAUACACGAACGCAGCGGUGAA